AUGGGAACUAUGACCACGUCUAGCUCAAGCCUUUCAACUCGUGCUUCCAGCAGUAGCAGUUCCAGUAGCACAGAGAUACCGAUUCCAAUUCCAGUCGGUGGUUCACCAGAUCCAGAGGACCCGGAUCCAAACCCACCAUUUCCGCCCCCGAUUCCGCCCCCCGGCGGCAAUCCGCCGUUUCCACCUGGUGGGAGUCCACCAGAUCCAGAGGAUCCGGAUCCGAAUCCACCAAACCCGUCUCCAAGACCUCCUCCAUGGGAUGACCCACCAGAUCCUCCUCCAGGCGGCAAUCCACCAGAUCCUCCACCCGGUGGUAAUCCACCAGAUCCACCUGGCGGUAAUCCAGACCCAGACCCUGUGCCACCAGUACCGCCCCCGAGUGGUGAUCCACCAGACUCUUCUGGCGAUAGUCCCGAUCCAGAUGAUGACCCAGACGAUCCUGACAACUCUGGCAGCACUCCUGACCCAGAUCCAGGUGAUGACCCAGACGACCCUGAUGAUUCCGGUAGCACUCCUGAUCCAGACCCGGACGACCCUGAUAACACUGGCAGUAAUCCUGAUCCAGAUCCGGGUGAUGAUUCGGAUGAUCCAGGCGAUUCCGGCACAGACCCAGACCCAGUGCCACCAGUCCCGCCAGGUCCGCCGCCAGGUCCGCCACCAGGCGUCAAUCCAACCCCGACCCCGUCCGGUGUCACCACUCCCAAGCCAUCUCCAACGACAGCCCCCAAUCCAACCGGAUCUGGAGAUGGAGAGUGUACUACGAGUGCCAUAGCCUCCUGUAUGGAAGAGGUUCAUAUCUUGACAGAGUACUUUACACUGAGCAAUGGUGUAUCUACCUCGACUGUUGAGUCUGUCACCGAGACAGAAUGUGUAACUCUGCUGACUUGUGACGGUAGUGGGACUACAAUCACCACGACAACAUCUUCUUCAAAUUCAGAAUCGCCAACUGCUACGUGUACUGCCCGGCUGAUUGUCCCCCAGUAUGAAGCCAAGCUGGGCGAUGCUUCCUACUUCGUGCCUCUCUGCAAGAGUGGAAGCCAGACACUUUGGAGGAAUGAUGGAACUAAUUUCAAGAUGGAUUGUGAAGGCGUUACCUUCUCCACUGGUGAGACCUUCAAGAUUCCCACUACUCUCUCAAAUGCUACCGAUUCGAAUUGUCAUGACGUCGCAACCAACGGCAUAUCCAUCUGCUUCUCAAAGCGCUUCCCGGGCUGGAACGCCACCGAAGACGCGGUAGUCAUACCCAUCGGUGAUGAGAACCCCUAUCCCAACAUCACCGUCAUUGCCAAGGCUCUUGAGACAGUUGGGGACUCUGGGGGGAUCUCUACAGCAGGUUGUGGAGAGUCUGACGGCUACUCUCGAGUUGCGGCGUACUACUUCAGCAGCAUACAGAGCCCACUUGAAGUUAUCACUUCCAGUGAUCAGAACGUCACCCAGUUCUCCAAAGACAUCUCGUCGUACAGCCACAAAGUCAUAAGUUCCAGUGACAACUGGCUCCCACAAGCGGACGAAAUGCUACAGAACCUCGCUUGUCAUAUCACGAGCACUGAUGGGAACUCUAGUCGGGUUGUGCGAGCUCUCAACAAACAGUCCGCCCUCCAUACCGGUAUCAACACUCUAUUGUCCAUCACUAGCGUUGAGGAGUCACAAACGGCUCUUCGCAACUUGACCAGGGAUCUUUUUGACGACUAUGUCUCUUACAUUGGCCGCGAAUCUUCAAUAAUUGAAGGCUGGACACAGGCAUACAGGCUGUGUCAUACGAAGUGGGAUAAAGCCAGCCUUCUACUCCCCCAGACUCAGAAGCCCAUACUUGACGACAUUGAUGGCUGGUAUGCCAAGUACUUCAUCCUUGCUAGUCCAGGCACGACAAUGGAUCAGCUCAGGGGGUUGGAGCACGCUUUGGGCGUGGAAGGCUCAGAAACGGCACCCGUUGAUGGCAAUCCGAGGUUAUGGAAGGCAUACUGGGCAAAUUUGAACCUGGUUCAAUCGACCUUACCAGAUUACGCAAAGUUCAUCAAUUCGACACAGAGGCUUGUCUGGGAUGGAAAGCCUGCAGACGAAGAUGAUCCAUUUGCGUUUAUCACUGCGAAGAAUGCAAGAAAGAGUGUGAGCAGCCGUAUGCCAAGCACUACAGCCAAUCUGGAUACGGUGUUAAGCAGGAACUUGAGAAGGCAGGAUUCCCACAGCGAAGGCUCUGAAGGCGAUAGCUCUGAAGGGGGCGAUUCUGAUGGUGAUAGGUCUGGUGAAGGAGAUUGGGAACCAAGGGUAUACCCAGCCCCUUCAGCCAAUGCGGAAACAGUCACCGACUUGGAAGAAGAGACCCACCUGAAUGUGAUCUCACAGCAAAAGGGGCAGGCUGACUCCAAUACCGACUCUUACACGUUUGCGCCACCUGCUGGAGAGGGCUCUUGGGUGUUCAUCGUCGACUCUGGCUUCGAUCUCAACCACGAGUUCCUAUUUGAUGAGACGCGGGAUCCUGUGGUCAAGAGAAAGGUCUUGACUUAUGUCGUUCCAAAUGAGAAAGUCGGCGCGCUCACCCCGGAUCAAAUUCAAGAAGGAUGGAAAGAAGUACCUGCGACGAUCAAAGACGAAGACUCGAACGGACACGGAACAGCCGUGGCGUGUGUAGCUGGUGGAACUUCUGACAAGAUAGGGGUUGCCCCAAGGACUAACCUUUAUCUUAUCAAGUGGAAGAAAUUCUACAACCGGGAGAAAGAUGGGAAGACCGAGAAGAUGGCAGUGUCGACCAAUAUGUGCCAUAUCGAUGCGUACAUGAGGAUAUAUAACGCCUGGAAAUCGAAAGACAAGAAGGGUGAAGGCAUCGAUCCCCAGAUGAUGCUUGCCUGGGAAUCAUGUAAGUACAACUCGUUCAGCCAGUACCUCCUGCGCAAAGCAGAACAAACGGCCACCGAUCGUUUGCUGAUGGAAAAGCUGGUUAGGACCAACUUUUUCGCCGAAUAUGACAAGAUGGGAGCGACGGUGGUCUUUGCUACGUCGAACAAUGGGUAUAACCCAAAAACCAAGAAGCCAUUUCACUACCAAGCGGAUCUCCUUCCUACAUCACUUGCAACGGACAAUAGUCCAUACAUCAGCGUUGGAGGAGUAUAUCACGACGGCUCCCUUUGGGAAAAGACCACCCCUCCUGGCGCUGCGCCCGGAACCGAUAACUCAGAUGCGACAAUUUCCUUCAUUGCCGCACCACAAGUGGCAGGCCUUGCAGCAGCACUGUUGAGUUACCCAUGGCCAAAAGACGAGAACCCUUUCGAUCCAGAACGUAGGCAUCCUAGCAUCGGGUUCCGGAUGAAGACAAUGCUUGCUAAUGUCUACGCCUACCAACGCUUGGAUCAUAGCGAGAUCGUAGACGAGGCUCUCGGGAACAUUCCAGCAUUCCCUUGGGACAUUCCAAGCUAUGUUCCUGUGAUUUACAACAACGUCUUUGGAGACCAGAGAUGCAAGGACGUCGAUGGCUUCCCUAAUCCCCCGCAUGGAGUAGGUGUUGCCUGUCCAGGACAAGACGACAGCGGCAGCGACGGCGACGACGGCGGCGAUGACGAUAGCGGCGACGAAGCCGGUAGCCAUGAUGGAAGCGGCGACGGACCUGGCAACGGCAGCGGUGGAGGCGAGAGUGUGGGUCCUGGCGGUGACAGCACCGAUACUGUGUUCUUUACGUCUGCUCCCACGUGGCUAUCAAGUGGGUGGUCGAGCUUCUCGACAGUGACCCUUAGUGCCAACGAAUCGAGAAUUCCCACUAACGCCCCUGGGGAGUCGACGAACUCAGGGUCAUCCAGCUCAACUACAGUCUUUCUGAAUAUCACGAGCUCCGCUUCGAGUUCGAGCACAGCUGAUUCGACUGCCAAGUCGGUCUCGAUUAGCCCAUCUUCAACGGUCACGCAGGCCGUAACGGAAUCCUCCACUUCCACCUCGACCGGGUCCUUGCCGACAGCUUCUUCUGACUCAAUUUGGACUCUUUCACUGUACACACAGCCUGGAUGCAGAGGGGAUCGUUUCCAGUUCACUGGACUUGCCACGGGCAACCUCAGUCCUUGCAUGAGCUCACCCGGCACGCUCUCGACCGACGACCCCAGCAGCAUGAGCUGCACGUAUGUGUCCCAUGGUCAUCAUGGGAACGCACACGAGCAGAACUGCUCUGUGGGAGCUUGGCCGUUCCAGCCAAAGUCUUGGGCCAUGACAGAUGCCUUCUGCUCAGUGUUUCAUGAUGACACCUGCAAGCUUGACAUCAAGGAACAAACUAAAUACAACAGCUCUCAGAGCUGUAUCAACGCUCAAUCUGAACCUGCAUCAAGUGCCGCACCGCUUGCUUGGAUCUGGUUGGGCAGGAUGAAGCAUAUUUCCAGUGCGUUGAUGGUUGCUGUCGGAACCGACAUUGUGAGAAUUGCCCCGGAUACGAGUGCUGAGGACUCAGUGAGCUAA